AUGAGUUCCUUACGAUUAGCCUUGAAGCAGUCGUUGGAAGAAACGGUGAGCUCCAAUGCGAUGGCGGUGACCGGCAGUCACGCGGCGGCAACGGGUGGCAGCACGCCUGCUUCCGAACCUCCAACCACGACGACGGGGACCGGACCGUGGCAGGAUAAUGAACGCCGAGGACCGGGGCGACCACGGAAACACGGAAAACGCCGGCGACCAAUACAAACAUACGAGCAAGAUGACAGACCCAGCAGUAGUGACGAAAACGAAUUCUUUUCCGAAGACGAAGAGGAAAUUGAUCAUCGAGCGGCCAAUAAAAUUCAGGCCCGGUGGAAAAAAGGAAAAGGCAUUCUUCCGAAAAACACGAAUCAAGCGCUUACCGACAAAAGACACGAAACAGUACAGGACGGGUCUCGAAAGGAGUCUCUUUCGACAAGUUCCGCUGACUCCACAACAUCAAAAGUGGCAGUAUUGAAGUCCGAGGCAGCCAACACGGCCACACGAAUAAAACAGCCGCACUCUUCCGAACCCCAAACCUCCACCACAGCGAAUCCUCAUUCAGCUCUGCCACAAUCUCACCAACGAGCUCCGCUAUCCCAAACGCGCCAAAAACCACACGCUCAAGUGUCGGCCAACUCGUCUGGCAAUGAUGCCAAACAAACCGUUCCUGCCCCGGAUUCGGCAAUGCUCCACUGGUCCCGGGCGCUGCCGUUGAAACGUGCACGCCGCGCCGUAGCCCCAGGGAUGCGGGUGAAGGUCCGCUUCUCCGCUUCCGUACAGCGUGCCGGGGGUGUGAUUGUACCCAAACGACGAUGGUUCGGUGGACGGGUAACCAAAGUCUCCAAGGAAGGAUCGAAAGUUCGGAUCAAGUACGAUGACGGCACGUCGGAAAUUACCAAAUUCCCCGAUAAGGAUAUUGUCGUGGAUGAAGCACACAAUGGAAGUCAUACGGUUCCGGUGGACGAGUUUCUACCCCUGAUGCUGGAGGAUUUGGAAUCGCGUGUUCCCGACGCCGUACUGAGUGAACCAACCGUGUCGAACAGAGAACCGUAA